AUGGCCCCGCCGCCAUGUUGGCCGUGAGGGGAAGCGGCGGCCCGGACCCCGCUAAAAUGGAGGCGCGGAGCCCUCCGGGGGUGUAGGGGCUCCUUCCCCUCCCCAAGCCCCUGCCCGGAGCUCAUGGAGCGGCUGUAGGGUCGGUGCUUGAGCAGCUUCUCACUGCCAGGAUGAGCUUCCCAAAUUCCAGCCAACCUCCAGGAGCCGGGAAUUCCUGCAGGAUCACCCUGGGCCAAGCCAAUCAGGUGGUUCCCAAGCUGCCCCUGCUGAGGAUCCUGCAGGCUGCGGGGGCCCAGGGCGACUCCUUCACCCUCAAAGAGGUGAUGCAUUUCCUGGGCCAGUACAUCAUGGCCCGGCAGCUCUACGACAAGAGGCAGCAGCACCUGGUGCACUGCGGGGGAGAUCAGCUGGGAGAGCUGCUGGGACUGCAGAGCUUCUCUGUCAAAGACCCCAGCCCCGUGUACGAGAUGCUGAAGAGGAACCUGAGCCCUGCUGCCCUCCCAGAUGCUGCACAGACUCUCCCAAAGGAGCAGAGCGUCGCUAAGCCCAGCCCAGACCAGCUGCAGCUCAGCCAGGAGGAAGGAUCUGACUCUGGGAUCCUGGAGAGUGACAGCAAAACCUCAGCUCCUGCUACCUCAGAGUCCAAAUGUGACACUUGUGAAGACAGUGAUUUGAUAGAAAACCUCUCCAAAAGCAAAAAGCCCAAGCUGGACCUGGUUUUUGAGGAAUGGGACGUGGCUGGGCUGCCGUGGUGGUUUUUAGGGAAUCUCAGAAGCAAUUACAAAUCCAGGAGUAACGGAUCCACGGAUAUCCAGACUAACCAGGACAUUGACACUGCCAUAGUUUCAGACACCACUGAUGACCUGUGGUUCCUCAACGAGUGUCCCCUGGACCAGGGCACUGCUGGGCUCAAGGUGGAAGUGCUGGACUGUGAGGAGGUCACAGAAGGUGACACCAAGGUGCCUGAGGAUGUGUGCUUGGAUGAGCUGGAGAAUUCCCAGUGCCUGAGUGAUGACACGGACACAGAGGCUGCUUCUGAGGAUUGCUGGCAAUGCUCCAAGUGCAGGAAAUUCAACUCUCCGGGAAAAAGGUACUGCUUCCGCUGCUGGGCCCUGCGCAAGGACUGGUACCGGGACUGCCCCAAACUGCCCCAUUCCCUGUCCCUCUCCAACAUCAAUUCCAUGGAAAAGCAGGAGCAGGAUGAAGGGAUGGACGUCCCAGACUGCAGGAGGACGAUCUCAGCCCCGGUUGGCCAACCCAAACACCUUUUCUUGGGAGAAAACAAACCCCACGUGGAUCCCGGCGGCUCCAUCGAGUCCUUGGAUUUGGCGCGGGAGGGGAAAAAUCGGGAUUUUGCCAAGCUGAAGAAAGAGGAGGAGAUGGAAUCUUUGGAGAGCAUCAAAACCCUGCUGAAUCCCUGCUUCCUGUGCCAGCACAGGCCUCGGGAUGGGAAUAUUGUCCAUGGAAGGACUGCUCACCUGGUGGCCUGCUUCAGGUGUGCCAGGAUGCUGAAGAAGAAGAGAUCGCCGUGUCCCGUGUGCAGGAAGGAGAUCAAGAUGGUCAUCAGGAUCUUCAUGGGGUAGGGAGGCUUUCUGCCCCUAAAGUGACCCCAAAAUCUGGAAUUUUUGCACUCAAACCUUCAUUACAGCACGUGCAGGAAGGAGAUCCCGAUGGUCAUCAGGAUCUUCAUCAAAUAACCCCAAAAUCUGGAUUUCUGCACUCAAACAUUCAUUACAGCAUGUGCAGGAAGGAGAUCAUGAUGGUCAUCAGGAUCUUCAUCAAAUAACCCCAAAAUCUGGAAUUUUGCACUCAAAUCCCAGUUUCAGUGUGUGCGGGAAGGAGAUCACCAUGGUCAUCAGGAUCUUCAUCACAUAACUCCAAAAUCUGGAAUUUUUGCACUCAAAGCUUCAUUACAGCAUGUGCAGGAAGGAGAUCAUGAUGGUCAUCAGGAUCUUCAUAAAAUAACCCCAAAAUCUGGAUUUCUGCACUCAAAUAUUAUGAUGGUCAUCAGGAUCUUCAUAAAAUAACCCCAAAAUCUGGAUUUUUGCACUCAAGUCGCAGUUUCAGCAUGUGCAGGAAGGAGAUCAUGAUGGUCAUCAGGAUCUUCAUCAAAUAACCCCAAAAUCUGGAUUUUUGCACUCAAAUCCCAGUUUCAGCUUGUGCAGGAAGGAGAUCACGAUGGCCAUCGGGUUCUUCACGACCUAGCAGGAUCUUCUACUACUAAAAUCACCCCAAAAAUAGGUUUGUUUGCACAAAAACCCCAAUUCCAGAGCUCGCUCUGCAGGAUCAAGAUGGUCAUUGAGAUCUUUUUGGGAGAGCAGGACCUUCUGCCCCUGAAAUAACCCCAAAAUGAAGAUUUUUGCACUCAAACCCCAAUUCCAGAGCUCAGCCAGCGAAACCAAAGAGUACCAAGAUUUAAUUCCACCAAGAAUCCUCUGCAGGAUCCACUUUUCCAUGGAAAUCACCUCGAGGUCAAAACCCCAGCUUGGAAAUUUUCCCAAAUUCCCAUCUUCAGCCAGAUUUUAUCCCUUGGGAUUCUUUCUCCUGACCAAGAACAGCAGAUUUGGGAAAAAUUGAAACCUUUGGAAUGGUUUUUUUUCCAUAAAUCCCGACUUGUGCAAUUCCUUUGAAGCUAAGAGUUAAAGACAGAAAUAAAUAUUUAUGGUGGGAGGGCAGGGGAUUUGUUUUGGAGAGAAGAAGAAGAACUUUAUUCCUAAUUUUUUUAUUGUUUAAGGUCGGCAGGGUGAAGAAUUCCUUGCUUGCAGAUGGGAAAUAAAUCCAAGUUUUUAAUCCACACCUCUCAAGUCACAAAUGAGAUGGAAAAAUAAUAAUAAUAAUGUUAUAUUUUUCUUUUUGGGCUCGUUAA